UGAAAGAAUAUACGGGACACACGAACUCCAUUUAUAGCCUAUGUUUCAAUCACAACAAUACUCUACUCAGUUCUUGCGGUGCGGAUCAGACGCUGAGACUCUGGAAUCUUAAGAAUAUAAUGACUCCGUUCGCUAAUAAACCACUUGUGGUCACCGAUACAGACGCCAACCAAAACACCUUUCGCAUAGAUUCGGAUCAAUUCAUGUCAUAUCAGAUGAACUCAAAUGUGAUUCAUUCCCAGUUUUUGCCACGAAAUCUGUUGCUAACGAUCGGCAAAAAGAGUUAACUUAAUUCUCAUUAACACAUAUUUCGACAUCAAUUUAAUCGUUAAAUUCGUUUUCUAUUAAUUUAUUUUUAAAAUUAAAAUACAUUUUUAUAAUAAAAAACAACAGAAAAAUAAA